UUUUUUUAUUUUUAUCUGUGAUUGGCUAUGCUCUGGCUCAAAGAAAAAAGGGUCCAGGGUGUGCCAUGGGGACCUGGGAGGACGGUCUCUCUGUUGCUCCCAGCCCCGACUCGGCCGUCCCGUCCCCGCUGCCGGCCCCGGCGGCUGUCCAUGCGCGCCCGGAGGAGGGUGGCUCGUCGGAGCGCGAAGAGGUGGGGACGCGGGCCCGGGUCUUGGGAGCUGAUGAGAACAGCAUGGGUGAUGGCUGCUCCCAGAAGGUGGUGACGGCCAGCCUGCUCCGAUUCCUGUUGCUUGUCCUGAUUCCGUGCCUCUGUGCUCUUGUCGUCCUCCUGGUGAUCCUGCUGUCCUUCGUUGGGACAUUAAAGAAGACCUAUUUCAAGUCAAACGGGAGUGAACCUGUGGUCAUGGACGGUGAGGUCCUGCUCACAGACACGGCCUACGGGGAGGGCACCUUGGCGUCCCCUGCACGCCCCAGCCCGCCCGUGCCAGCCUGGGCCACCGACGCCUCCCGCCCUGGGGACCAGAGUGGCGGGAAAGCGGGUGCCUGCGUGAACAUCACCCACAGCCAGUGUCAGAUGUUGUCCUACCACACCACGCCAGCACCGCUCGUCUCGAUUGUCAGAAACAUGGAGUUGGAGAAGUUCCUCAAGUUCUUCACGUACCUCCACCGCCUCGGUUGCUAUCAACACAUCAUGCUGUUUGGCUGUAGCCUUGCUUUCCCGGAGUGCAUCGUCGUUGGCGAUGACAGGCGCGGGCUGCUGCCCUGCAGGUCUUUCUGCGAGGCGGCGCGGGAAGGCUGUGAGUCCGUGCUGGGCGUGGUGAACUACACCUGGCCUGGUUUCCUCAAAUGCUCCCAGUUUAGGAACCAAAGCGAAAACAGCAACGUCAGCAGGGCUUGCUUCUCUCCACGGCAGGAAAAUGGGAAGCAAAUCAUGAAGUGAAACCAGAGUUUAGGUGUGUGAAGGCCCAAGGAGAAAUGCAAUAUUGGAAGAUCGUCGUUGUUUGUGCUAAGCACUGAAUACUCUAGGAGUCUCUGUGUAAAGAAAACAGAUGUUGGAGCCAAGUUGGCACGGCGCAAUGAACCUCAUGCUGAUCAUAUAUCACCGCGUUCCUCUUCUGGGCUUCCAAGUGUCGAAGUGCCUUUUAAACAACCAAUUUACUACUAGGGAGCGACAUAAACAUUAGGGCAAAUAGAGUGCUGCAUUCAGUUCAACUGAGUGUGUCAAAUGACAGUUUGAAUAGCUCCCUUAAAAUGUUGGAGAGCCUUCCACUUCCCUUUCUCUUCACCGAGGAUCCCUCAUGCAUAGUUUAGGCUCUUCUAGAAGAGUCUUGAACAAUAUUCCUUGGCUAACCCAUUCCAAUCGGUCAUGCCGCGUUUUCCCUGAAAAUAAGACAGGGUCUUAUAUUUAUUUU